AUGAGCGACGCAGAUGGCAAGCGCCCACGUCAAGACGACGGCCAUGGGCCGGAUCCUAAGCGUCCUCGCGAGUCCGCCCCCGCUUCUGGAAACGCAACUCCUACGUUGACCAAUCUUCCGUCCGAUGUUGAGCCCGCUGUCUCACGUUUGGGACUGAAGCCUCAGCUCCCCGAGCUUCCGCCAUCCCUGGAGCUUGUGACUGGAUCGAAGCCCGACCUUGCUGCUAGGCAAGGCUUUGUGGGAGAGGCCGACGUCGGCAUCAUUGGCUAUGUCGGUGACGCUAGUUUCCAAGGCGUUCAAGGUGUCAUCAAACAGAGGUACACGGACUUUUUGGUCAAUGAGAUCUCUUUGGACAGUGAGAUUCUUCACCUCAAGGACAUUGGCAAACCGGUGGAGCCAGAGCCGGAACCGAGCGAGGCUCCCAAGGAGGCCGCCGCCGUACCCGCUCCUGAGCAGGACGAAACCGACGUCGGUCUGCCAGCUGAGCUGCAGUUCGCGACUCACGCCAACUGGUCACAGAAAACCACUGUGGCCCUUCGCUCGCACUUUGAUGACAAGACGAUCAUCAGCCUGCACGCCUUGCUCGUCGAAGGCAAGAACCCACCCCCUAAGCAAGACUCCGGGUGGGGUUCUCGCCCCACCCAACGCACAGAGCAGACAGAGGAAGAGAUGGCGCUCAACAUUCAGGAGCAACCGGCUCCGACCCAAGGUCGCGACCGUGGCAAGGGCCGAGGUGGACGUCAAGGCGGAAAGGGAGGUCGUGACGGUCCGUGGAAGGCCGAGGACACUCGUGAGGUUGUCUCGCAGGUGAUCGCCGCCAAGGAUAGUCGUACCGCCGCCCACGGAGUCAUCCGCGAACAAUUCAACGGCACAUUCGAAACGUCGUCGCGUGAGGCUGUCGAAGGACAAUGUCUGGUCAUCAAAUGGUCGUCGGCACGCCAGGGCCGCCAAGACAGGAAGCCUCGCGGUCCCCGUCUUCCCCCUUACAUUCAUUUUACGUUGCACAAGACUAGCAGGGAGACGCAAGACUGCCUUGGUCACCUCAGCCGCAUUCUCAACGUCCACUCGAAGGACUUGACUGUGUGCGGUACCAAGGAUAAGCGUGCUGUUACCGUUCAACGUGUCUGCGUCAAGCGUGGCAACCUCACUUUGGAAAGCGUGUGGAACACUGUUAACGGCAUCAAGUCUGGUCGGAGGACGGCCGAGACUGCUGUUGUUGAGCGUGGAGAGCGUGGAACGCGAAUCGGCGAUCUUGCAUACUCGCAAAAGCAUCUCGAGCUGGGUAUGCUCCGCGGUAACCACUUUACUAUUAUCCUAAGGAAUGUUCGCGUCGACAGUGUGGAAGAAGUUGACCGGGCUAUGACCUCCAUCCGGGACCACGGAUUUAUCAACUUUUUUGGAAUGCAGCGCUUCGGAACAUCGACGGUUCCAACGCACGUUACUGGUCUACUCCUUCUGCAGCAAAAGUGGGGUCAGGCUAUCGAUUCUAUUCUGUCGCUUCGCGAUGGCGAACACCCCGACUGCACCCGCGCGCGUCUGGCGUGGCUCGAGGAUGGUGACUACCGCAGGGCUCUGGAGCUCAUGCCCCGUCGCUCUGUCACCGAGCGGGCAAUCUGGGAGUACUGGAAGAAGGGGAACCGUCUGGAGGACAAAUUGGGCGCCCUUGCUAGCAUACCCCGCAACAUGCGUACCAUGUACGUCCACGCGUACCAAAGCUAUAUCUGGAACCUCAUCACUUCCGAGCGUAUCAAAAUGUCGAGCACGUCGCCCCUCGCGGGUGAUCUCGUCUUCGUCGAUGGAGGAGAUGACGAGCAGGACGAGAGGCAGGCUGAAUCGUCGUCGUCUCGCGACGUGAAGCACCUCACUGAAGAGGACCUCGGCAGCUACACAAUCCAGGACGUCAUCCUCCCCAUGCCUGGGUGGAACGUCGAGUACCCUGAAGGUGCCAUUGGCAAGAUGUACCAGGAUAUGCUCGCGGCGGACGGGCUGGACGCCAACCGCAUGCGUCGCGACCAGCGCGAGUAUUCGCUUCCUGGAUCGUACCGUAAGGUGAUCCACAUGCCAACGAAUGUGUCGUGGGAGCACAUCCGUUACACAGACCCCGACCUGCCGUUGUCGCAGUCGGACGAGGACCGCAUCUUGGGCUUCAACCCGCCAGCGGCGGACGACCCCGAGGGCAAGUUCCGCUCUCUUAGCAUCUCGUGGACACUUGGAACUUCGUCGUACGCCACCAUGGCUCUACGUGAGAUUACUCGUCAAGAGACCGCCACCUGGAACCAGAUCAGUCUCACCUUGGAGGGCGAGGACCAGGCGCACAAGGGCACCGGAAAGGAGGCCUAA